UGAUUGAUUGCGAGGAAGCUGAAGAAACAAGCCUAUCCGCGUCUCCUUAGUAGAGCGCGGAAUAUCUCCAAGCUGCCAUUUUGACAAGCGGGCUCUCGCUCACCGGGAGAAAAGGGUGGAAUGCAGCGUGAUCCGCUCUACGUCUCUCGGGCACUUUGCGUUUUGCAGGCCGGGGCGCGCGCGCUUGGAGGCGCAUCUUGAGGGCAAAAAGGGAGGGGGAGAGACGGCGGGGCUCUUCCCCGCAAUGUUCUCUCGAGCGGUCGCCCGCUGCCCUGCAAGCGUGAAGUGGUGACCCCCCAAAGAAGGGUGUUGCCCUCCCCCCUCGCAAAUUGAUCUUGCCCAGGGCGACUGCUAGUCGAGGAACAGCCACACCAGCGGCGGAAGGCGAGCGAGCAGAUUGCUGGGUUGGGAGCAUCUGGCUGAGGGUUUAGUCAAAGAAAGCCCGCUGCUGUUCAUGCGCGUCUGAACCGCUCUUGGGAGCAAGGUUCUUGUUCUUCAGUUAAACUUAGACCUUUAGAGGAACUAAGCAUUAAGAAAAGACUGGGUUAACAAGAUCUGGAUGUACAAGAACAAAAAUACUAAUAUCUCCGACAUUUCAAAAACAGGAAGACUCGUCUGACUGGCAAACUGAAGACUUCAGUAGCAAAUCUCCCAGAAUCAAAAUGAACACAGAUAGUGGUGGGUGUGCUCGCAAACGUGCUGCCAUGUCUGUCAAAUUAACAGCGGUGAAGAGAGUUCAAAGUUCUCCAAACCUUUUGACCGCAGGACUUGAUUCUCAUUCACCAGACUCAGCUUGGAGAUCAUUUAACAUUGGAAGUAGAGAGACACUGAAUGGAGACACUAGCAGCUCCUCUCUUGCAGCAAAAGGCUUUCGAAGUGUCCGGCCAAACCUACAAGAAAAGAAAUCACCAACUCAGCAAAUACCUGAGCCUGGUGGUGCCUCAGCAGCUCCAUGGAGGUCUGCCUCACCUGCCUGUAACCCCGUGCCUGAGAUACACAAAGCAUCUCUCUCCAUUCAGAUAGCCCCUACCCCUGAUCGUAAAGCAGCACCUGAAUGCCAACAUCAUCCAUCUAGAUUUUCUCCAGACCAUUCAAAGAUGCCACCAGAAAGUAUGCAACAAAUGUCUGAUGCUCCUGCUGCGCAAUGCCAUGUGCUCGGAAACCAGAAAGUGACUGCCAAUGUGAUGGAGGCUCAGAUAACAGUGAAUGGGAAUUCUAGCUUGGCAACCAGCCCAAUGAGUUACUUUCAAAGGCCUUUCUCCCCUUCUUUGGCAUACUCUCCACCAGUCUCAUUCACUUCAAGCUCCUCUCUCCUGCAACAGAGCAGGACAAUGGAAUCCACAGAGAUGUACUCACAGCAUGCACAUUCUGUUGGUGGCGGUGACAGCAGCAGCAGCACGACCACCACCACCAUACCAAUCUGUAGGACUUCAGAGGAAGAAAAGAAAGUCACAGUCAUUAAAGCACCACAUUAUGCAGGAAUUGGGCCAGUUGAUGAAUCAGGAAUUCCAACGGCAAUUAGAACGACUGUUGACAGGCCAAAGGAUUGGUAUAAGACAAUGUUUAAGCAAAUCCAUAUGGUUCAUAAGCCAGAUGAUGACACUGACAUGUAUAAUACUUCAUAUGCAUAUAAUACUGGAAACUUCAGUCCAUCACUUUCUGCUCAAGCACAUCCUGUUGCAAAGACUCAGACAUACAGGCCACUGACAAAAAGUACUUCUGACAAUGGCACUGAAGCCUUUAAAGUCUCUUCACCUCCACCACCUCCAGUACCACCUGUUCGUCCUUGGCAAAGAUCUGCCCCAGAAAAAAAUGAGUGGGAGCCUCCUGAUAGAAAAGUAGAUACCCGCAAAUUCCGUUCAGAACCAAGAAGCAUUUUUGAAUAUGAACCAGGAAAGUCUUCAAUCCUUGAACAUGAAAGACCAACUGAUCGCAUAAAUCCAGAUGACAUAGAUUUAGAAAAUGAACCCUGGUAUAAGUUCUUUUCAGAACUGGAGUUUGGACGUCCGCCUCCUAAAAAGAUUUUGGAUUAUGUUCAAGACAAUCCUCCAGGUUUUUCCAAAGAGACAUCUUUAUACUACAGUCCAGCAGACAGACGGGUGGAUAGACCUUCUAGUUCUACAAGUACUUCAAGUGAUUACAGAAAACGAAGGAAGUCGGAGCCUGCAGUAACUCAGCAGAAAGUCCACACUGAUCAGAAUGUAAAUCGAUACACUCUUGGUCGUACAGAUACACAGAGCACCUAUUCAACCCUUAGGAAGCCUGUUACAACCUCUUCUCCAUCUUCUCCAUCAAGAGCAAAAGUAGACCAGGAAUCUCCUGGAAGCUAUUCUUCUGCUUUCACUGAUGUGAGUCGGUGUAUUCCAAAGGAAAGGAGAGGAACUCCAGAAAGAGAGAGACUGCCAGCUAGAGCAGUAUAUGACUUUAAGGCGCAAACUUCUAAAGAGCUGCCCUUUAAGAAAGGAGACACUAUCUACAUCCUCAGGAAAGUGGAUCAAAACUGGUAUGAGGGCGAACACUACGGAAGAGUUGGGAUUUUUCCUAUUUCUUAUGUUGAGAAACUUAUUCCCCCAGAAAAAGCACAGCCAGCAAGACCACCACCCCCAGCACACGUGGCUGAGAUUGGAGAAGCUAUUGCAAAAUAUAAUUUCAAUGCAGAUACAAAUGUGGAGCUUUCAUUGAGAAAGGGAGACAAAGUCAUUCUUCUUAGACGGGUUGAUCAAAACUGGUAUGAAGGCAAGCUACUGGGAACAAAUAAGCAAGGAAUCUUCCCAGUAUCCUAUGUAGAAGUCAAAAAGAGCAUGGCCAGAGGAGAAAAUGAAUAUCCUGUUCCUCCGAUACCCCAGAGUUACUCGAGUGACAAAAUCCACCAUUCAGCUAAGUGGGAUUCCAAAGCACCACCCCCUCCUCCCAGAUACAGAUCCUCUUCUUAUCCAGAUUCUAAUAAAAGGCAUCUUCAGGCCAUCACUGAUGAAUGGUUGUCACUGACUCUUGGCUUUUCAUCUUCAAGCACACCUUCCCCUCCUCCUCCUCCUCCUCCUCCUUUUCCUAAAAGCUUUCUUUCUGGUUUAGAGGAAUUUGGCUCUCUACCUUUAACAGGUUUAGAGAAGACAGAGUACCUCUCAGAUAAUGUCACUCCUCAAAUAAAGCACUGCCAUACUGUUCCAGUUCCCUCAUCAAAGGCCUCCCAUGUGUUCCCUGACUCUUCAUCCAAGCCAUUUUCUUCAUCUACAUGCAUAUCACCUCCUCCAGCAACCCGUUUUCAUGAUCAAGGACAUAAGUUUGAGUGGAACCAUUUCAAAGGGAUGAAAGAAAUCCCCAUCGUCAAGGAAAACAAAAAACCCUCAAACCCUGCUCCAGAAAUGCAAAACGUAGCAGGCCAUACUCUUGCCCUCUCCAAAGAAGACCUGUUAUCCAAAACACUAAAGGAGGUUGGCAAACAGGAGGAACUCUGUGAGGAGCUGCUGUCAAUCAUGCAAGGGGAACAGUCAAAAAGUAAAGAUUUAAGUUUCUACAGACGUGCCCCUGAGAUGCCUGAAGAAUUAGCAAGACUUCAUAUAGAGGAAGUGUCAGACCUUGACCAUUUAGAGUCACCAAUGGCAAAUAAGAGACAGCCUAUGAUAACUUUUGAAGGCAACAGUUCAGCAGAUACUAAAGAGCCACAGCGCCCUGUGUUUGCUCAUGACAGUGGGGGGGAACCGUUUCAGGUUCUGUAUAACUAUACCCCUAGGAACGAAGAUGAAUUGGAGCUGAGAGAGGGAGAUGUCAUUGAUGUGAUGGAAAAGUGUGAUGAUGGAUGGUUUGUGGGAACAUCCAGAAGAACAAAAUUUUUUGGUACUUUCCCUGGAAACUAUGUCAAGAGGCUGUGAAAUGAUUGUUUGAUUUUGUUCCUUUCUUAUUUAUGCUGCAUCUCUGCCACACAUCUGCAUAAAAAGUGCUAGAAAACAUCCUCCACCAGCCUUCAGUUUUCCUGCUUUGCAAAUCCAGGUAGAAAUCAUGCUGCUCAUCUUCACCAUCUUCAUCCCACCUGCCAGCCAACAGUAUUAUUCAACAGCUAAAAUGGAAUCCCUGAGCUUUUGUGAAACAAGAGGAAUUAGUUCUAUGCAAAAUACAUCUUUUUACGCCUUUACUUUUUGUCUGGCAAUGCCAAUUUGGAAAGUGCAUAUAAAAAGCUUAAUGAAAGAAAUAGCAUGGCACUUCAAAAUGUUACCAAUUAUUUGGGAGAAAUUGCAAUAGAAUACUUAUGAAAAAAAUAUCUAUUAUCACCUAAUAUAUAGAACAGAUUGCAAUUUACUACAUUUUAAUGGGUUUCCUUUUUUUUUUUGAGUUAUCACGUUUGUAGCUCAGCAAAUGUAUGCUGCUAUCAGUUUGCCGUGUCACAAGUUUGCCUCUUCUUUUACCAAUUUGCAAGAUACAACUAGUAGUAUAAACAGAUUUUUUUUUCCAAAUGUAUAUUGCAAUAUCUGCAAAAUGCCUGUAAAAAUUUAAGCAGAAACAAUCUAAAGGAGUAUUGAUACUAGAAUACUUCAUAAGCCAUGAUUUCCAGUUGUAACUCAUAAUACAUUUUAUUAAAAUUGAGCCAAUAAGGUCAUAAAUUGGUUAAAAUAUUUUUUUUUCAAAACAGUAAGAGCUUUAGACAUGAACUAGUAAGUACAGAAGCAUGAGUCAGAUUUCCCGCACCUGCAUAUAUUAAUAUAUAAAGUACAAAAACUUGCAUCUCUUUGUAGGAAGAAUCAGAAGCUCCCAACACAGUGAUGUCUCAAUAGGGAAAAUGUGUUAUUGAUAUGUGCUCGGGUUGGUUGUACUUUCUAUGUUCAUGGAGUUAAUGUCUUAAAUUAAGUGGAGAGACGUGUGUGCAUGUCUCUUACAGGAUGAAAUGGAUGAUUCUAAUGUAGUUACAACAUACAUAUCUAUCUAGAGGAAAAGAGGGAGCACUAUCAUAUGUGUAAGUACAGUAGGCCUGUAUCCUGUACUUACACCUAUUUUUAACUCCUAGAACUCAUAGAAAGGAAAUUAUGUCUGCUAUUUGACAUUAGGAAAGUUCAAAAAUACUGGAAAAUCAUGAAUCAUUAUGAAGCAAACUAACAAUGAAUAUCUGCUUUAUAAAAAUGUGCUGAAGUGCAAUAGAGUAUGUAAAGUCUAAUUCAUUUAUUACAUGAAAAUUCAGUAAUGAAAGAGCAAUGUUAAUAUUCUGUUUGAUUGUAGCACAGUCACAGUAGAGUUGGGGAAAUCUACACAAAGUAUUAUAUGAUGCUAUUUUUUGGCUAGUUGACCGGAACUGUAUUUUCUUUUUAGCAACAUAGCAUUAAAACAAGGACGUAAAAAAGGAAAAUUAGUACAUGUGGAUGGAGUUUCAUUUUUGGAACAGUAUAAAAUAUUGAAGGCAAUAUUUGUGUGUGUGUGUGUGUGUGUGCAAAUAUAGAUAGCAGUAGCAGGUGAUAAAAACACAGGACUUAACAUAUGUAUGAUGUUAUGUAAAGCAGUCCAGGUUUGGUUUUGCUGGCACCUUACAGAAGGCAAAACAUCUUUUACUGCAUUUCAUUGUCGUAAAGGACAGAUCUCAUAAAUUUGUAGGCUUGUAGCAUUUGUACAUAUAUUUCCUCUUUUUUGUACAGAGCCAUUUUAUUGCUGAUUUUUUUUUAAGGGAAAAAAAUCAUGUUAAUCAACUCAUCCCUUUUCCACCAAUAAAAUCACCUUAUUUUGUUAGUUUCUCCUCCAAAGUAUAAGCACACUUGAAUAGUGCAUUUCUGCUAAAUUAGCAACUGAAGUAAAAGUUUUAUGAAUAAUAUUAUGGUUUACCAGCCAAAUUUUUAAAGUGUAUAUAUAUAUAUGUUUAAUAUGGAGAAAUAUCAAUAGGAUGGCAAAAGGAACAUCUUUGUGCUGCAUACCUGUAUUAUUGCAACUUUCAUGGCAAAAGCUUGAUACUUCCAAGGCUUUUUACUAUAAACUAAAUGUGCAUGCAGCUUUGCUGUGAAAUCAGUAAUGAUUUUGAUGCCAUUUAUGAUGGAAGACUUGUCUAUCACUGGUGGUAUUUUAAAAAAAUGCACUGUUUCUAUCCUGUAUCUGAUUUUAAUAGAAUAUGUUUUUCAUACCUGUUUUCAGGUAAUUGACUCUGAAUUCUUACUUGCAAAGGAUCUCUGUGUUUCUUUUUCCUUGAAGAGACUUCUAAUAAAAAUGGCUUGAAGUACAUG